AUGGAUUCUUCACUGCAUGAGAUCUGGCAAACUGCUCCAGGCAGUCCAUUUCUUCCUACAGUUGGAAAAGGUAGUCAAUUUCUAGUGGGAUUCGUUCUACUCCUCCUCGGUCUUACUCUGACCGGCGCAUUCGCAUUGAACCGAUCUCUCAUCAACCUUCCCCUCUACGGACUCCCGGCCUCGUUAGCUGUUGCAUUUGGCACGGUGUACAUGUUCUGUGCGGUUGGAGUUUACGUCUAG